CCGAAGCCUUCAGCAUCUCGGUAUCUCCGGCGAACGAUUUCCUUGUAGCCCUGAGCAAAGCUCUGUACGCGAUCAACGCUUCUCCGGUCACCAUUUCUACUCCUUUCCUCUUUUCAACCUUUUCAACCUUUUCUUCUCCUCCUCCGCCGCCGCCGUCGUCUCCUUCACCAAAAACUUGGGAGGAAUCGAAAUGGUACCUUUCUGUUCGCGGCUUCGAGUUUCAUUGGGCCUUUAUGAUUAAGCCCAUUAAUAAAUAUUUCGGGUCAUACCUGUUCCAGCUGGGUAAAAACCGCAUCGGUCGGAUCCUUUAGAGAAUUUAUCAAUCUUGCGUGUUCUCGUUCGUUCACUACUUCCGAGUGUCUUCUUCAACAUUCCCAAAGAGCUUGAGAUUAGAGAUGGAUCAUGUAUACAAAGGUCAGCUGCAAGCAUAUGCACUCAAACAAAAUCUUGAACUACCAGUGUAUGCCACUGAGAGAGAAGGGGCUCCUCAUGCUCCUCGGUUUAGAUCUAAGGUUACAUUUUGUGGAAAGACUUACCAGAGCCAUGAGUUCUUUCCGACUCUUAAAUCGGCUGAACAUGCCGCUGCCAAAAUAGCAUUGGCUUCAUUGACGCCACAGAGUCCUGAGGGAAUUGAUGUUGCAUACAAGAACCUGUUACAAGAGAUUGCUCAGAAAGGAAAUUCUCUGUUACCAGUUUAUGCAACUGUUACAUCUGGUCCAUCGCAUUCGCCAGUUUUUACUUCAACUGUUGAGUUUGCUGGGAAGGUCUUCAGCGGAGAAGAGGCCAAAACCAAAAAGUUGGCUGAAAUGAGUGCUGCUAAAGUAGCAUUCAUGAGUAUCAAAACUGAUCAGUAUUCCCCUCAUGGAUAUUCUUCUACAUGGCCAAGUCAGAAAUUGGGUCAUGAGGGGAACUCGAACCAGACCUCGUCGCCUUCUUUGCCUUGUGAGAGACAAGAAGCUGUAAAUUCAAAUGUGAAGAGCAGUUUACAAGAGAUCCAGUCCCAACCUUCCGAGGUGGUGAUGACCCCUGAUUCCCCAGCAAAGUGUAUUAAAGUGGAUGAAAAUGAAUUUCCAGAUCUUCAUAAUGUACCAGCCAGUAAUGCUAAGGAGAGGAAUGUUGCUUUGCAUGUGCCUGAGAAUCCUACAAACGAUGGUACUCUUAAUGCACCAACUAGUGAUGAUAUGAAGAUGAGAAUUGCUGCUUCUUAUUCGCCUAGACCUCUGAAUCCUACAAACGUUGUUACUCCUAAUACACCAGCUACUAAUGGUAUCAAGAGGAACAUUGCAGCUUGUUCUUUGCGUAUGCCUCAGAAUCCCACAGACGAUGGUAGAGAACCUUCACCAUGUGUAGAUGAGAGUGAGAAGAAGAAGCUCAUAAUGGGAACUGGCCACCUGAGUAUACCAACUGGCCAACAUGUAUUUUGUCGUCCGUGGAACCCGGAGAUAACUCUUCCUCAAGACGCGAAGAUGCUCUUUAGGGAUGAUAGUUUUAUUGCCUAUCGUGUCAUGACACCGUAAAGACAUCAAUAUUUGAUGCAUAAUAAGUGUAAGAUAGAAUGGUAAGCUACGCUAUAUCUCAUAUGUUUGUAGAGAGAUACAAUGUUAAAUCUCAUAGGUUUAGGCUUUUGUCUCUGGUUUUCUUCAGCAAUAAGUGUUGUGUAAUGACGAAUUUGUUUUGUUUUGAAUGAUUGAUAAGCACAUAAGAGAGCA